AUGGAACGUGCGGCUUUCAAUUACGAUGCCACCAUUGAUUACAGCAUGCAUGCAUACAUUGGCCAAAUGAAUGUAGAAUGUAUACAUUGCAAAGCAAUUAAAUUCAGAAACGAAACGCCUGGUAUGUGCUGUGCUGGUGGGAAAGUCAAAUUGCCGGUGCUUGAACUUCCGCCAGAACCUUUGCAUUCAUUGGUUUUUGGCAAUUCACCAACGUCGAAGCAUUUCCUCUUAAACAUUAAAAAAUACAAUUCAUGCUUUCAAAUGACAUCUUUUGGAGCUACAAAUAUUAUAAGAGAUGGAUUUAUGCCGACGUUUAAGAUUCAAGGUCAAAUAUACCAUAGAGCUGGCUCUUUACUACCAUUCCCAGAUGGUGACCAUCAAUUUUUGCAAAUAUAUUUUAUUGGU